CAGCACUCAGCUUCACAUUGGAACUUGAUCUUGACCAACAGGAUUGGAAUCGUGGGAAUAAGAAGACUUUUGAGUGACUCCAUACUCUGAGCUCUACAUUAAAGUUUCCCAAGUUGGAAUUCUCAGCUUCAACGUUUUGCUAUAAUUUUUUUUAUUAUUAUUUAUUUAUUGCUCUCCCUCCAUUUUUGGAGGGCUGAAAGUCGGUGAGGUAGCCCCCCUCCAACUCCUGCAGAGAGAGGGUGUACAAAGUUGAAGCUUAUCCGGAGAUGCGGUCCUUCCUCCCGCUUGUCGUGUAUUGCAUCAGCCUGCUUUCCCUCCAGCAGCUGUCGGCUUCACCGGCCGGGGAGCGUCCUGACGGAAACAGACUGAAUCAUCAAAAAGAACCAAUCGACCAGGAAAAGGAGCUCUCCACUCCCUCAGAAGGCCAGUCCAACACUGUCCCAGCAUCUCCAGCAGCAAGCAAACUCCACAAAUGGAUGUUAAGCCUUGUGAGGCACCCACCGACAUCCAGUUUGAGGACGGCAUCUCCUGGCCUGACAUGGGCACAGCCUGAUGAGGCUUUUCAGAUCAAGAGAAGGGCUAAGAGAUCUCGUGGCCAUGGACACUCGAAAGGGGGCAGAAACCACCACCAGCAUCUCCAGUUUAAGAGAGUGGGGUGUGUCCUGGGAACCUGCCAAGUACAGAACCUCAGCCACCGUCUGUAUCAGCUCAUCGGUCAGAACGGCAGGGAAGAAUCAUCCCCCAUUAACCCUAGGAGCCCUCAUAGUUAUGGAUGAGCUAGGUAGCCCCAUAGAAGGUCUGUCAGUAGUUCUAGUUUUUGCAUUUAGGAUUAAUCUAGUGCACAGCCAGCUUUGACUUAUUUUAGAAGUCUCCUGCUUUUACUGUUUGUACUUGAUUGGUGGAUUUUAAAGUUAAAUUUUAAGAUCAGAACUUACCAAAUCAACUCCAAGGAUCGACCAUCUCCGUCACAGGAAAAUAUGGACAUUAAAACAUUAUGGAUUUGUCAGCUUGAAUACUAAAAGGAAGCCAAAAGUUGACAUUGGGACAUUUUAAUCUGGAUAAAGUAAGAAUUGAGCUGUGUCUUCAGUGCCACUCAGUGGAGUACUUCUUGUUGCUAACUGAAUUUCAUAGCUUUGGCUCCUUUGCUUUUCACUGAUCACAAACUUAAGCCCCUAAUGUGGAUUAGAAGCUGGACCAUGAACUGGAGACUGUCAAAAUCAAUGUGUUUCUGAAUAUCUUUUCAACAGUCAAGUGAACCCUUUUACCUCUCCAUCAGCUUUGAAGUUCAUACACUGUGUCUAACAUGAACUCAGAUCACCACAACAGUCCUUGAGUUUGUAGCUGAACUUAAUCUGAGAUCAUCCACAGUCAAGACUUACAGCAAACAUUGUGAUUUAAGACCCCAUGAAAAGGAAAAUAAGAGUCAGCAUGCAGUCAAGAAAAGUUCUGUUUCAAUUUUGUGCUUCACACAGUUGAAAAUAAAAGUGAACACUAUAGUCUGAUUAGCAUUUCAUUGUUUGAGUGAAAACAAUGAAAUGCUAGAAAUAACUUUAAAAAGUAUUUUAGCAGUUAGAUCAAAUCAGAAAAAGAACUUUUUAAAAAUGUAUCAACAAGCUACUUUGUUUAGUGGACUAGCAGAUGAGGUUAGGCUUCCUGGUUUCAACAACUUAAAAGUUAAACUCUUGAGUCUCUUAUGUCAUCCAAGUCGAGUCUACAGCAAAGAUGCGAAAGUAGACAAAUCAGAAAUAGGUAAAACACCCUAGUAAAACAUUUACUUUCAUUUUUACUUUCCAACUAUGUAAUAUGGUGUUACGAUGUGGGUUUGAAACAAAAACCACGCUGACCAAAAUGCUAGCUGUACAGUGCCUAGUUUCAAAUAUGAACACAAAUAGCCAGGCACCAGUAAAAUGCAUGCCCCGACAUUUUGUUGUCUUCUAUUUAUGUCUGCGUCUGAGAUGGUGGGUGGAUGAUAGACCAGGAAUUGCUGGGAAACAAGGUCUUGUUAGUCCACCAUGGUAUAAUUUGUUUGAGUCUUAAAGUUCUCAUCCAUCCAGCUUUCCAUUUUCUAUACCCACUUAAUUCCCAUUUAAGGAAACCACCAUCAAGCGAGUGGGUUAUGUCAUAGAGACUAUGCUCUAUGCCAGCUGUAGCUGGGCAAGUAGCGGGAAACAAUCUGGAGAAGUCACCAGUCCAUCAUGAGGCCAAGGUUAUGAUCCUAAUGUUUCCACACCCACCAUAUUACCUAAAUCAUGAGGUUGAGACGCAGCUUGAAUCAAAAAUAGAAUCAGUUAAAAUUUGAAGCAACAGGUCAGACUUCAGUCAAAACUGGAAGUCAGUGUUGGCCUGCAAAACUCUGACUGGUCCAUCUUUGGUAUUGGUAUUAGAAUUAGAUGUAAACUUUUUUAAUAAACCUUCAAAGAUAGUAGAGUUGGAGUACUGUUUGAGUAGGAAAGUGAGUCACUUCAUAUUAUUAUUAUUAUUAUUAUUAUUGUUAUUAUUAUUAUUAUUAUUAUUAUUAUUAUUAUUAUUAUUAUGUUGUUUCUAUUUAGUUUCUAUUGGUUUCUGUAAUCUUGAAACAGCAUUAGUAAAAUCUCACCAACUACCUGGAAAUACUUGAUUGACUGAGUGGCCUUACAGUAUGUGACCCACAUAAUAUGAUAACAUGUUCUUUAUGUAUUUUCCACUGUUUUUAUUUCUUCCAUCUUCCAUCUAUUGUUGUCCACCCUGGUCAAAUCGUGGUAGUGUUCAAUGUGUUCAAAGCCUCACUAAGGUAAAUCGUGCCUUUCUCUCUGCUGUAACGGAGCUUAUCAAUGUCUCGUGACAGAUCAUUAAACGGCUUUUAAAAUGACAAACAAAAACAUCUCUCUACUUUCUCGAAAUGUAACUUUUCAGCCAUUCUAUUUGUUUUGGAUGAGUUUUGCCUUAUCACUCUUCUGCUUUCGCAGUGUGUUUUUGGGACGUCACACAUUGCGUCAUACAGAGUUGCGUUAGCAAACCCUACCACAGUCGAUGCCUUCCGGUUAGAGACCACGGACAGUGUUUCAAGGCUAUCCAUGACUAAGAUUCAUAGGAGUUCAGUGAUGUUCCUGUUAGUUUCUCAGCAGACUUGUUUUCUUGUUUUCACAUUUGAGUGUCACGUGUUCUUCUUUAGGGUCACAGGAAAGCACUUUAAUGCAAUCAUGUUGACAGUUUUUUUACAACUUGAAUUUCAAUGUUGAAGAGCUAGCAACAGUAGGAUGAGGUGCUUCCUGUAAAAGUUGUCUUAUUGUCUGUGAAGAUGUACGUGUGCCCCCUGUGAUGUGAGGAGUGUUGAGUGCACUCGUGAAUAUAUGUUAUACUUUUGUAUUUAAAGAAAGUUAUGUAUUUAAGUAUUUAACUUAUCUUGUAUGAUAAUGCCUGAAUGUCACCGAGAACUAUUUAUCUUAUCUUUUCCAUUGUUCUUUAUCAUAGUGGAAAUUAAGUUUCUGACUGUAGUUGAAAUGUUACUGUUUGACCAUGUUCUUCAGUCUUUAAAAUAAAGAACCAUACUGUGUAUAGUGA